AUGCCUUCAAGUCUCGGGGUUCUUGAUAUCCCCGCCCUCGCCAAGGUGACACGGGAUGUAUACAACCAAUGCCAUAUCCUCGCCAAGGGCGCUCCCGAAGGAUUUCAGAAGCUGAUAACUGAGCUGGGCUUGUUACAGGACAUUUUGCACACCUUCGGUGAUAAGGUGAGCUCCAACGCAUCUUUCUUCGAGAAGAUGGAUGGGGAUCGCAAACAGACGUUGGAACGAUCGCUCGCUACUUGUCUCGCGACCCUACAGCGAUUGAAAGAACUCCUUGGCCCGUUCAAUAGCUUCGAAAUUGGCGAAGGGAAACGUUUCUGGAAAAAGCUCAAAUGGGCGGCACAACGAAGUCAGAUCGAGGAUAUCAGAUCUAAUAUCAUGGUGCACGCUUGCAAUCUGAGCCUAUGUAUAAGCUCUAUAGGGAAUGACUCGCUUGCUCGUAUAGAGAAGACAAUGGUUCUGGCGAUGGAAGAGGAUAAACAGAUUGUUCUCAGCACAGAGGCAUCACCUGUUCGGGAUACAGACUCCGUUGUCUCACCAAUGAGCCCGGGCCCGGGCGUGGUGGAGCUACCAGCUAACAACGAAGAAGAGUGCCAAAUCGAUAUAAUCGAUGAGGUCCGUGCCAGAAUGUCGGAUCUGGCUAAUAACAGAAGCUCUAUGGGGAGCAGCAGCAACGUCAGACAUGCAUCCACAUCCUCAGAAUCGGCGAUAACUGAAUCCGAUGAUUCGCUCUUUGAUGGUAAUUCGCCGACUUCUUGGUUAUCCUUGAACACAUCACCGUUCCUACCUCCUCCGGGCCGAAUAAAUCAUACCCGAAUGCGCAGUGAGCAGCUUCUCUUUGGUGGCUCCAUCGACGGUCGGACACUCGAUGGUGGAAUGUGGGCGAACGAUCCCGAAUUGACGGAAAAACAAGUUGUACAUCACACUAGAUCCUACUCAGAUGCUGAGUAUGGCCAUCCUCGCGUUAUCGAGGUCGUGAGUUCCGCUAUGCAACAUCUUCGUGAUGUGCGACACCAGGAGCAUAUCUCAAGGCCAGUACGUUUUGAGCCGCAGAACCAACUACAUAGACCAACUGCGGAGACGUUGAAAAUAUUCGAGGCAUCAGUGAAUGAAGGGUUGCAGAUCACAAGGCUAAUUACAAGAGAUUGGCUUCGCGUGGCGACUUGGUGGUUGUUGAAAGCGCGUGCGACUUUAGCAAAUUGCAACAGACACAACUAUGUCAGUGCCCGUGGCAGUCUGAGUCCCUCCAUGGAAUCAAGAGUGACUAGUCACCAAGCUUAUCUUGACCUCCUCAAGGCUUCAUAUAUCCUGUACGAUAUCGUUCUGGGGGAAGAGGUUUCUUCUUCUAUUUUGGUUGAUGAGGAUCGCAAGUCAAUUUUCGAGCUUUCUGAAGGCAUCAACGAAGAGCUUUCCCAAUAUACCUCCGUCGACAUCCCCGAACCGUCGACUUUACAUACCCAAAACUUUGCCAUUUGGGAGCCCAUGCAGCCGGAGGAAAUAUGGGAAGGCGGCAUUGAUCUAGAUCUUGGCUUGGAUAAUUUGCGCUGGACCGCCGUUGACCUAGAGGAUGCAGGUAGCGAACAGGAAAAGGUCCUCUAUCGCACUUUUGUCAACGCCGGCAUCGGGGGAAAAAAGUCUCGUAUGCGCACCAAGGGUGCUUCAUAUAUGCUCUUGUUGGCAACUAGGGAAGGCGAAAGCGAACCCAAGAUCGUUCUUUGCAACCAAAGUGGCACUCUGUGUCUUGAACGAGACUUCGUACUGGAUGAUCUAUCGCCCCUUGUCCAACUAUCAAAUGCUGCUUUGACUGGCUUCCCUGACGUCCGAGUCUCAGAACCUGUGCCAUACAAAUUUGAGAACAUGACCGUUUCAAUAUCCUUUCAGUUUGAUGAGGAUCUCGCACAAUUCAUCAAUAUUCCAAAAGCUUACUUUGACGCCGUAUGGCAAAGAGAACCCGUUGAUGCAACCGGAUUUACAGAGAGCAUUAUUUUCAAGACAUCGGUUGAUAUGUUCGAGCAGUUGAACACGCCGACCAUGAAAUCAAUGAACCCGCCUGUCGUGGUGAAAUCCUGCGAGGUUCGCAUUCUGGAACGGUCUUUCGGAGAAGCAUGGCGGUCUAUCCGACGCAUGGUGAUCACUUCCUCUGCCGCUGAGAAAUCCCCAGGAACUAUGGAACUUUUUAUGCCUCUCAGUGUAGUUCAGAUCAACCGAGGAAACAUGUCCCGCCAGGUGCUCUUACAGUGGUCCGACACAUGUCAGGUACGAUCUGACAAGACCGAUGGCAAUUACAACGCCUUGCACUCCUACGUUUACGAUGACACUGCUCCAAAUAUUGGUGUUGGUCUACAAUUCGCCUCACAUCAAGAGGCGGAAGAUUUUGAACAAGCCGUCCUAGAAAUGAGCUUCCGUCCGGAUUUUUCCUGGUCACAGCCCAGUGGCUCCGGUCUCAUCUACAAUGUGGUUGAUGCUGGCACUGAGCACAAGCAAUACAAAGCUGUGCUGGUAUUCCGAACUCGUUCAUCGUGGCGAUAUUCAGACCUGUACUAUAUUUAUCGCGACGCCGACUAUUCAUACGACCACUCCUCGUUCAGCAUCCAUUUCCUGCGCAUGUACUGCACAGACUACAUUUCAACUCACGUUGACCAGCUCUACCAUCCAGAAAGCCCUGUCACAUUCUCUCAUUGCGACAAAAAGGCCAGCCAAACAACCAUCGAGUUUGGGAAUGACCUCGAAGCCCGCUCAUUCCUCAGCUCCCUAUCCCCUCUAUACGAGCUACUCUACUCCAGGCCCAUUCACUCGCUAUCCACGAAAGGUAAUUCGCUCUUUGGGUUCCAAAUCUCCGGCAAGGGUAGCGCCGAUAUCCAACUAUGGCGUCGGGGUACGACUUUCCAACUUGCCGCACGGUGGGAUGACUCUGUGACGGACAAGUGGCUUACCAUGGCUGUUCCAUCGGAGUUCAUCGAUUCCUCAAAAGAGAAUAGCCGAGUCACCUUUCCGCGUUUUCCUUACUUGCGUGGUACGACACUUGACAUGAUGAAUGUUAUGGCUCGGAGCCCUAAGAACUCUAAUGCCAAAAUCAGAGAGGGUACCAUGUCAAUCUCUUUUCAAACAAGUAAAGACCGAGACGAGUUUCUGGCUGUAUUACAAGGGCAGCAGUUACCGAAGUUCUUAUAA